AUGGUGGUGGCGGUGUUGGUGGUGGUGGUGUGUUGGUGGUGGUGUGAUGGUGGUGGUGAUGGCGUGGGAGAUGGUGGCGGUGUUGAUGAUGGUGGUGGUGUGAUGGUGGUGGUGGUGUUGAUGGCGGUGGUGGGAGGUGGUGGCGGUGUUGGUGGUGUGGUGUGGUCGUGGUGUGAUGGUGGUGGUGGUGGCGUUGGAGGUGGUGGCAGUGUUGAUGGUGGUGGUGGUGUGAUUGUGGUGGGCGGUGUUGAUGGUGGUGGUGGUGGUGGUGGAGGUGGUGAUGGUGGUGGAGGUGUAGUGGAGGUGUGUGGUGGUGGUUGA